AUGGCUAUUUUGGAUUUUUUGAUUGUAUGUGUUAAUUCUCAACCAGCAUUACUUGGUUAUUUAUGUGAUAUAAAUACAAGUUCAACAGCAACAUUUGGUAAUUCAACAAUUUUACAACCAGUUGUUGAAUUACUUCGAUGGAGUACACAAAAUACAAAUGAUAUUGCUGCAAGUGAUUUAUUUAUUUUAACUGUAACAUUUAUAACACAAUUUUGGGAACAACAUACUCAAUUACUUGUAGAUUAUUUUGUCAAAAUAAAUGACUUUUGGAAAAAUAUUUCAAUACCAAUCUCAAAUACAAGUGUACGUAUUGAAUUAAUGGAUCCAGGUGAUAAACGUGCAGUAUCAGCUUCAUUUCGUUUACUUACUCAACAUUUACUUAAUUAUACUACUGAUCAAACUGGAAAUGAUUUUUAUGAUAUAUUAAACAAAUUAAUUACUAAUAAUUGUCUACUUCAUUGGAUUAAAGCUUGUCGAACAUUUUUUCAAGAAAAUAUUGAUGAUGAUAGGUUAAAUGAACAAUCAUUAUCAUUUUCUUUUUUUUCUUCGGUCAUCUAUUUUACAAAAGCACUUCUUUGUUUAAAUAAUGAUCGUAUUCGAAAAAUUUUACCAGAUGGUGAAACAUGGCUUCAAGAAUUAGCGUCGAUUGUUCAGCUUGUACUUACUCGAAAUGAUUCAACAUGUAUGAAAAUAGCUGUUAUUUGUUUAAAUCUAACUAUUAAUGCUUUUAUUAAAUGGAGAAAUGAUAAAGCUCAAGCACCAUUAAAUAUUCUACCGAUUUAUAUUAAUUUAGCUAAUAGUGUUCUUGGACCAGAAUAUAUAUCAAUUUAUGUAAAAUAUUGUUAUUUAGAUGCACUUGUUCUCUUAAUUCAAACAUUUAUUGAAUUGACACCUGAUAUUGAUCAACAACAAUAUGAUUUAACACGCUAUUCAACUGUUCUUAUACAUUUACUUGAUUUUGUCGAUUAUUGUAAUGAUAUUAUUGAUAUUCAUCCAUCAACAACACCACAAUAUAAAUGUGCUGUUAAAGCAUUAGUUCAUACAUUUCAUUUAUUAUCUAUAUUUGUUUCGGAAGAAGAAUCAUCAAAUUUAUCUGUAAAUUUAAAACAAGAACGCACAGUAGCGAAUGUUAUUGAUUUAUUUCAUAAAGUGUCACAAGAACGAGAUAAUUUUCGUGUAUGUUAUACAAUACUAAGUUUUUUAUAUGAGUUAACAAAAAAGAAUGAUAGUAUUCAAUGGUUUCAUACAAUGAAUAUUAUUCCACGUACACUUCAUACAUUUCGUUUUAUUAUUCAACAACAAACAAAUAGUUCGAAUGAAGAUCAAAUUUCUCAAACGAUUUGGUCAAAAGUAAUACGUCUUUAUUUUCUUUUAAAUAUUUUCCUUAUUCAUUCGGAAAGUGCAUAUGGUGAUUAUCGACAUUUUAAUAAUGCAUCAGAUGUAUUUGCAGCUUGUAGUGAAUAUAUUGUUGAAAGUUUUCAUAAUGUAACAAGACAAUUUUCAUUAGCAUCAUUGGAUAAUGCUGAUGUAUGUUGUCAAUUUUUUGCAUGUUUAACACAAUUUUAUAAUCAAUUAAUGAGUAAACAUCAUAAAGAAGCGUGCAUUUGUAUUGCAGCAGUAAAUUAUCUUCUUCAUGAUUCAAUUAAUCUUCUUCUUCAUUCUGGUCUUGUACACAAUAUGUUAACAAAAAAAGUUCGUUGUGCUUAUCGAUCAGAAUUAGAAAAUCAAGAAAAUAUUGUACCUGAUUAUUCAAUAUCACAAUCAAUUGUAAUAGAUCAUUCACAAUUAUCUCAACGUUCUUCAUUACGACCAACAUCAACUUUUCUUAAUCAAUCAAUAUCAUCAUCUCCUGCUAGUGUUCCUCCUGUAACACCAAGUGAAGGUACACCAAAACCACGAUUAGUUAAUGUUCGUCAACAAGUUGCUGCUGCUUCUGCUCAACCAGCUAGUUCUCAAGCACCAGAAUUUGAACAAGUUCAAGUCGGAUUAUUACGACUUUUAUGUACUUGUUGUUGGGCACUUCAUCCAUGUACUAUUCCAUUAAAUGAACUUAAUGAAUCACUACUUUAUAAACAAACAAUUGAUUAUGAUUCAUUUAAAUAUUUAGUUGAACCAUUAUUUAAUACACCAACAUUAGAACGACGUACAGCACCAUCGUUUGGUACUUGGCUUACUGGUGCUCAAUAUAUUGUUACUCAAAUGGAACGAUUUAGUCUUAUAAAAAGUAAUUCACCAAGACCAGCUCGUAUAAAAGAAAGUGAUCUUGAACGUUUGGUACAACAGAGACCUUUUCUUGUGCUUGCACUUGAACAUUUAUUAAGUCUUAUUCUUUCUCAAGUACCACUCUUUAUGCGAUCAACAUAUCUUAGUGAAACACAAAAGAAUAUGAUGAAACAAACAUUAUCACUUGAAUUGGAUUAUAUCUUUUCGAAUCUUAAUUUAACUGAACGAACAUCAAGUGCAAGUGGUGGUGGUAGUGAUCCAAAUUCUCAACGAACAUCAGUUAAUAUACCAACACCGGGCACUGCUGGUGGUCCGACAAGUCAUAAGUCACUUGUCAUGAGUGUAUCAAAUAUGUCUCAUCCGUCUGGGUCAGUUUUACGUGAAGCUUAUACACCGUUUUCUGUUGGUACAAAUGUGACAUGUUCUGGUGCAUCUGAAUAUAAUAAUUCAACUCAUUUGAAAGAUGUUUGUACAUCAAUUUGGAAACUUUACAAACGUAUUGUUCAAGCUGAUCCACUUGUCUUUGUUGGUUAA